AUGGAGCCUCACCCCGCGGCUGCAGCCGGAGGAGGAGGAGGAGGAGGAGGAGCAGGAGAAGGGGAGGCCGGCCGUGGCGCGGACCCCGACACCGGCCUCGAAGGGUCGAUGUGGAGGAUGGGGCUGGCCGGCGACGGCGGCGGGGAGGGGGACGGGGCGCGCCUGCCGGAGCGGCCGGACCAGGCGGACUGCAUCUACUACCUCCGGACGGGAGCCUGCGGCUUCGGGGACCGCUGCCGCUACAACCACCCCCGCGAUCGCGGCGGCACUGAGUUUGGCGGAGGUGCAAAGAAUGCAGUAGCAUUGGACUACCCCGAGCGGUUGGGUCAACCAGUAUGUGAGUAUUACAUGAAGACUGGGACUUGCAAAUUUGGUUCCAAUUGCAAAUAUCACCAUCCUAAGCAAGAUGGUUCUGUGCAGCCUGUAAUGUUAAACAGUAAUGGAUUCCCUCUACGUCCGGGUGAGAAAGAGUGCUCCUACUACAUGAAGACUGGACAAUGCAAGUUUGGUUCGACAUGUAAAUUUCAUCAUCCAGAAUUUGGUGGUGUUCCAGUUACUCCUGGAAUUUAUCCACCAUUGCAGUCGUCAACUGUACCUUCGCCUCAUCCAUACGCUCCUCUUACAAAUUGGCAAAUGGGGAGGCCGCCUGUAGUCCCUGGAUCAUAUAUGCCAGGCUCAUACACUCCAAUGAUGCUAUCGUCUGGAAUGAUCCCCUUGCAAGGAUGGAGCCCUUAUCCGGCUUCAGUAAACCCUGUAGCAUCAGGUGGAGUACAACAAACUGUUCAAGCUGGACCUAUGUAUGGCAUAGGGCACCAUGGAUCUUCCUCUACAAUUGCUUAUGGUGGUCCUUACAUGCCUUACUCUUCCUCAACUAUACAAUCAAGCAAUAAUCAACAAGAACAUGGAUUCCCUGAGCGGCCAGGGCAGCCUGAGUGUCAGUAUUACAUGAGGACAGGAGAUUGUAAAUUUGGCGCUACAUGUAAAUAUCAUCAUCCUCGAGAUUGGAGUUCACCCAAGUCUAAUUAUAUGUUCAGCCCUUUUUGCCUUCCACUUCGUCCAGGUGCUCAGCCUUGUUCAUACUAUGCCCAAAAUGGGUAUUGUAGAUAUGGAGUUGCAUGCAAGUAUGAUCACCCGAUGGGUACGCUUGGCUACAGUUCAUCUCCUUUUCCCCUGUCUGACGUGCCAAUUGCUCCCUAUCCUCUUGGCUUCUCUAUUGCCACAUUGGCUCCAUCUUCAUCUUCCCAAGAUCUAAGGCCAGAAUAUAUUUCAGCUAAAGACCCAUCAGUCAACCAAGUAGGAUCGCCAGUGGCAGCAUCUGAGCCGUCUGGAUCAAUUUUGCCAAAAGGGGUUUUCCCGCCAGACACGGUAAUGCGUGCUCAGACUAAUACGACAACUGGUGGUAGUUCAAGCCCUGGUGGUGGUCGCUGA